AUGUCCUCCGCGUCGCCACCCAAGGAGGGUUUCAUGAACCGAAUGCGCCGCAUGUCGGCUGAGGUCUUUGACAGGCCGCACCUGCAGCAGGCGACGUCCGAGCAUGUCGACGAGCUCGUCAACAUGGGCUUCCCUCGCGGCCCCGCUGAGCGGCAGCUCAACAUGAGCAACAACGACGUCCGGGCUGCUGCAGAGAGCCUUGUCCACGCCGCGCACCCGAAGGACUCUACCGACCCCUACAACCAUCCCGAGUGCCCGAUCUGCGUGCGCGAGAAGAACAACGUCCGCAUCGCUGAGGGCCGCCGCAGCUCGGUCUCGGCUGCCAUCCACCGUGCCACGUCGCGUGGGGGUGAGGGCGACGACCAGCAGCCCAUUGACGGGCGCCGCGGGUCCGUCGGCGCUAUGCUUCGUCGCAAGUCCGUCGUCGAGGGUCUGCGCCGCAUGACGACGCGCGACGUCGGCCACAAGUAG